AACUCAACGUAAAACACAGCAGACACUCAACUAAAUCGUUUAUUCUGUUAUAAUUAAUUUGGAAAAAAAAAUAACAAUAAUUAUUGAAAAGUCUAAAUUAUUGCUCAAAUAUGCCGAAAAGUGAUGAUAACGAACAGACUAUAGCAGCGAGAAAAAGGUUGAAAUUUAUUCUAGAAGAUGGACGUGACAUAUUAGUUGACAGAAGCAGAGUUAAAGAUUUUCCUGAAUGGUUUGACGAAGAAUUAUUUAAACGUGGCCAAAAAUGGUACAUUGAUAACUUGUACACGGUGUUCAUAACAAAUUUGAUAGGUUUAUUAUUGGUACUAUCUAUACCCACUGUUUGCGACGUUGUUGUACUCACUAACAAGUCAAAUACACCUUGUAAAGCCUAUAAACGAUAUUUUGACACACUACGUCAUUCUUUAAAUUGGUAUACUUAUGAUAUAAAAGAUUUCAAAUCAGAAUCUCAAAAAUCAAUUUCAAUAGUGCAUGGACUUCAUGGUUCAUCGAGUCGUCUUGCCAGUAAGCAUGGGUUGGGUGCCCGCGUAACACAAACGGACAUGUCAUUAUCACAGUUUGUAUUCAUGGGAUUAAUUUUAGUGCGAAAAAAAGAACUAUCUAUUAAUUGUACAGACGAAGAUGAAAUAGCCAUCAUACAUUUGUGGCGUACUUUAGGAUACUUUUUGGGUAUUCAAGACAGAUUUAAUUUAUGCCAAGGCACUUCAGAGGAAGUUCGUAAUCUUUGCCAACUAGUUUUGAGUGAUGUUUACGCUCCAUACCUCAAACAGCCACCAAGAGAUUUUGAUGUCAUUGCAAGAUCAUUGAUUGAUGGUUUCAAGCCAAUUAUUCCCAUCAUUGACGUUGAAGUCAUGAUAAAUUUGACAAAUGAGCUGUGUGGUUUGCCUAACAAAAAAAUUGUUAGUUGGUAUAACUUGUGGCUUUACAACGUUCAUAAAUUCAUUCACAAUUUUCUAUUUACAAUACCAUGGUUACGCAGCAUUUCAUUAUCAGUCUUCAAUAUCCUAUUGAAAUUUUCACUAUGGCUUAAUUCCAAUUUUCCUAUAAUCGCAGCAAUUCAGCUGGGUCAAGAAAUUUAUGAUACUGAAGAACCAAAACCAUUAAUAAGAUAAUUAUUCACAUUGCUACGGGAAAUUGUACAUCUCAAACAAAUAACUUAUUAAUAUUUUGCUAAAAAUAAUGUAAAAUAUAAUUAAAUAAACAAUUUUUAAUAUCAAAA